AUGAAUGAAGAACAGGUCCUUUGCGAAGUGAGGAGAGCGGUGGAAAGCCACCAAGACGAGAUGUAUGACAACAAGGUCUACUCAGUGAGUGACGGAGGCAAGGGAAAGAUAGACAAGGCAGUGGUGAAGAGUAAGCUUCCACAAGGAGACUGGGAUAUUCCGCAUACGGAGAUAAUGAUAAGGGCCGAUGACAGUGUUAAGAUAGUCAUACAGAAUAGCCCGAUAUACAUUUAUGGGGAGUAUGUAAAGAUGGACAGAAACAUGACACAAUCGCCUCUGGUGGUUGGGGGACGUCUUAAGUGCAGCAGGAGCGUGUCUGAUUUCAAGAUGCAGGUCAAAGAAUUCUUUUUGGCAGAUGACGUUGUCUUUAUCCCUGCGGGGAGGGAGGACUUUGACGUCCGAAUGGUAGAGGGAAGGCCCUUUCUACUUACUGUGAGGAAUCCUCGAAGAAAUCUUAACUUUGAAAAGAUGGGACUGUCUCUUUAUGACGGCCUUGAAAUAAAGAAUCUGUGUGUCGUGAAGAAAGAGUGCAAGGCUAUGAUCUUCCAGGGAGAGAGUGUGUCAAGUAAGACAUACUCUGUAUUUCUAUGCUGCAAGAAGGAGCUUGAUCUAAAGAAAGAUUAUGUGAUCAAGCAGAGGACGCCGCUGAGGGUUCUACACAGAAGAGCUAAUCUAACUAGGGAGAAGAAGGUUUGCAUUCUCGAAAGCAAAAAGAAAGAUGUAGAUGGGUGGAUCUACUAUCAUAUUGUUCUCGAGGCCAGUGCCGGGACCUACAUAAAGGAGUUUGUGAACGGAGACUUUGGAAGAACUGUUCCAUCGCUAGGAAGCAAGGAAAACUACUGUGACCUUCUCGAGCUAGAUGUUCUGAGAAUAGAGAAGAAAAGCAUAGAAAGCUUUUUGGUAAGAAGAAUUGAGCUGGAGUCCACCAAGUGCUAA